GAAAAGAUGGGAAUCUGUCUCCUGUCCAAUCAAUGGUUCUUGACAUUUGCUGAUUAAUUAAAUAAUUCGUUGCUUUGUCGUAAAAUUUUCACUUUUUUCUCAAGCUUAUGCCUGCAAAGUGUUUGCUUAUAUUCCUCAUAGAACCCGAAGUUUUACUAUUAGAAGAGAAAACAACUUAUUACGGUUUAACUGUGGUCUUUUGCUCUGUUUCGCUUUGCUUGUUUUCUUACAUGAACUGGUCACCAAGUUGAUUUAUUUCCUCUUGUUCUUGCCAUGGGACUGAUGAGCAUUGACCCGUAUGUGGCUAUAACGGCACUGAUUGUGGCCAUUCUGGUGGUUCCAAUGGGUUGCCAAAGGCCUCAUCAAGUGGUGAACCUCGGCGCUGUUUUCACUUUUGAUUCGGUUAUUGGAAGAGCUGCAAAAGUAGCUCUGGAGGCAGCUGUCUCUGAUGUGAACGCUGACACUAGCCUUCUCAAAGAAACGAAGCUACGGCUGUUUAUGGAGGACUCUUCCUGCAAUGUAUUUCAUGGGUCCUUCGGAGCUUUUAAAGUUCUUGAGAAAGAAGUGGUGGCUUUGAUUGGUCCACUCUCAUCUUCCAUCGCUCAUACAUUUUCAGAUAUUGCCAAAGGGCUCCAGUUUCCUCUCGUCUCAUUCGCAGCAACUGAUCCAACUCUCUCUGCCCUCCAGUUUCCCUUCUUUCUUCGGACCACACCUAAUGAUGCCCACCAAAUGUCCGCUCUUGUGGAUCUUAUCAAUUUUCAUGGUUGGAAAGAGGUGAUAUCAGUUUACUCAGAUGAUGAGCUCGGAAGAAACGGAGUUUUUGCUCUAGAUGAUGAACUGUACAAGAAAAAAUCCAGAAUUUCCCAUAAAGUGCCCCUCUCAGUGAAUUCUGAUGAAGGAUCCAUUACUGAAGCUUUGAAAAAAUCCAAGUCCCUCGGUCCUCGAGUCUAUGUUCUUCAUUUUGGUCCUGACCCAUUGCUCAGAAUCUUUAGGAUAGCGCAAAAGCUGCAGAUGAUGACCCGUGAAUAUGUUUGGCUGGCCACAGACUGGCUCUCAGUUACUUUAGAUUCUUCGUUGAGUGACAAAGGUACUUUAAAACGUCUUGAAGGAGUAGUGGGGCUUCGUCAACACAUCCCACAAUCCGUAAAGAUGCAACAAUUCACACAUAAACUGAAGAGCAACAGAUCAAUGAACGCCUACGCGUUGCAUGCGUAUGAUACAGUGUGGAUGAUCGCAUACGGGAUCGAGAAAAUGCUGAAUGAAGGAAUCAACAUAACAUUCUCUUACUCCGAGGAGUUAAUUCAUGCACAAGGAACUAAACUGCACCUGGAUAGAGUCAAAAUUUUCAACAGCGGGAAGGUACUACUUGAGAAACUUCUGCAGGUGAACUUCACUGGUGUAGCCGGUCAAGUUCAGUUUGGUUCUGGUCGAAAUGUCAUUGGCUGUGAUUAUGAGAUCAUCAAUGUAGACAAAACCGGUGUAAAUACUGUGGGUUUCUGGUCUAAAAAUGGAGGAUUUUCAGUUGUAACCCCAGAUUCCAGACACGCACGAAAGAAGACUGGCUUUGUUUCUGAUGAAAAGCUUGGUAACAUAACCUGGCCUGGUGGUGGCCGUGAAAAGCCGCGUGGUUGGGUCAUUGCAGAUUCCGCAAAUCCAUUGAAGAUUGGUGUCCCCAAAAGAGUAAGUUUUGUCGAGUUUGUGGCUGAAGAAAAUAACAGUAGCCAUCGGAUUCAAGGAUUUUGCAUAGACAUCUUCAAUGAAGCAUUGAAGCUGGUUCCUUACAGUGUCCCUUACAUAUUUGAGCCAUUUGGGGAUGGCCACUCAAGUCCUAAAUACAAGCAGCUUAUUCAAAUGGUCGCGGAUGGCGUAUAUGAUGCAGCUGUUGGAGAUAUUGCAAUAGUCCCCACCAGGUCGAGAUUAGUAGAUUUCUCGCAGCCAUAUGCUUCCACAGGCCUUGUUGUGGUGAUUCCUACUAACGACGACAAUCCCACUUGGAUCUUUGUGAGACCCUUCACCGUUGGGUUAUGGUGUGUUGUUCUAGCUUCAUUCCUGAUUAUUGCCGUGGUCAUUUGGAUCCUCGAACAUCGCAUCAAUGAAGAUUUCAGAGGGCCACCUCGAAAACAACUCAUCACUAUGAUCUUGUUCAGCUUCUCAACUCUAUUCAAGAGAAAUCAGGAAGAUACAAUAAGCAAUCUAGCUAGAGGAGUGAUGAUUGUAUGGCUCUUCUUAUUGAUGGUCCUAACCGCAAGCUAUACAGCGAAUCUCACCUCAAUCCUCACAGUCCUACAACUUCCUUCUGCCAUUACUGGCAUUGACAGCUUGCGGGCAAGUGAGGUGCCUAUCGGUUAUCAGGCUGGGACUUUCACUUUAGAGUACUUAACCUACAGUCUUGGCAUGGCUCGGUCUAGGCUUGUCCCACUUGACUCGACUGAGGAGUAUGAAAGGGCUCUAAAGCUAGGACCAAACGCGUUCGGAGGAGUAGCUGCCAUUGUUGACGAGCUCCCUUACAUUGAACUGUUUCUUGCGGAACGGACGGGUUUCAAGAUUGUCGGAGAGCCCUUUAUGCACCGUGGUUGGGGAUUUGCGUUUAAGAGAGAUUCUCCACUGGCUGUAGACAUGUCAACAGCGAUCUUGAAACUCUCCGAGACGAGAAAAAUGCAAGAUAUUCGGAUGAAAUGGUUAUGCAAGAAGACUUGCGCAGAGAAUUCAGAUGGGAACACAGAGCCAAACCAGCUUCAUCUCAAGAGCUUCAAAGGGUUGUACCUUGUCUGCAUUGCAAUCUCGGUCUCUGCGUUUUCGGUGUUUGUUUUCAGGAUGAUACGCCAGUUUGUGCGGUACAGACGGAUGGAGCGAACAAGCUCGAUGCCGCUCCCUCCUUGGUCGUCUUCUCCUACGAUGCGUUUAAGGGAAUUGGUGUUUGGUUUCGUGGAUUUUGUGGAUGAGAAAGAAGAAGCUAUCAAGAGAAUUUUCAAGAAUGACUCCAACAACCCAUCUCACGUUGUGGAAGUUCAAGCUGGUUCUGAGGUACGACAAAAUUGAUGAGUAGAUUCCACUUUAUAGAAAGAAAACUGUAAUGUUAUUAGAUAUGAGCUAACAUGCAAGUCAACAUUCAUAUCUUUGUUCAUUAGAUUUUAUUGUAACUUGGCACAUAAAAAGGGCGCAAGAGCCAAUGAUUGUUAACAUGAUUGUAGCUAUAUAUAUUUCAGAGUUACCAACAAUUCUUAUAAACUAUUUCAUUUUU